AUGGCGAUGGACGAAACUCAACCAUUGCUUAGAAAUGCGAGCCAGGCCCAGCAAAGGCCGGACAAAGCCGCUCACACAACAGACAUCAUUGAUUUCGACGCCAACGGCGAUCCAGAGAAUCCAAGAGACUGGCCAAAUGUCUACAAAUGGGGGAUUGUGGCUUUGCUUGCUUUCAUGGCUUUCACCGUGACGUUCACAUGCAUAUCUGUCGUGCCCGUUGCAAAUCGGAUAGUGCACGAUCUCGACGGCACAACCAGCAAAUCCGCCAGCGUCCUUCUUGUCACGAUAUGGGAGUUUGGCGAGGCAUUUGGACCUCUUGUGCUUGCCCCGCUGUCCGAGUCGUUCGGAAGAUACCCCGUCUUCAAUGUCGCCAACGUCCUCUUCAUCUCCGCCACUGUUCUGGCGGCGUUGUGCCAGAGCACGCCUCUCUUCAUCGUCGCGAGGGCAUUGACUGGUGUAGCAGUCGCUUCGAAUGUUCUCAACCCAGCCAUCGUUGGAGACAUGUUCGUCUCUGAACAGCGCGGGUCGGCCAUGAGUUUUAUCAUGCUCGCCCCCUUGUUAGGAGGAGCAAUCGGACCCGCCAUCGCCGGUGCCAUCGCCGAGACGUUGGGUUGGCGCCAGGUUUUGUGGGUGGGCGUGACAUUGGCCAGUGCCUGUGAAGUCGCUUUCCUCACCUGUUUCCGCGAGACGUACAAAGUGGCGAUCCUCAAUCGCAGAGUCGCCCGGUUGAGAAAGGAGACCGGCAAUCUUGCGCUGCGGACCGUGGUGGACGUGGACGGCGCCGAAGCUAACGAGAAGGGAUCCAAAAAGUUCUGGGACUCGAUCCUGCGGCCCUUUGUCGUCUUCUUCGACUCGGGCGUGCUGCAGGCCAUGUCCCUCUUUGGGUCGUUGGUCUUUACCUAUUUCUACGUCAUGAGCACCACGCUCCCCGAUAUCUUGGAGGGGAUUUACGGCCUUUCACCAGCCUUGACGGGAUCUAUGUUCAUUAGUUUCAGUAUCGGAUCCGUCAUAAGUGUCGUGGUCUGCAACCUCUUCCUCGACAGAAUCUACAUUCGCCUUCGCGACGCCCAGAAGGGCUCGCUAGAAGGACAACCCGAGUACCGUCUCCCGCUCGCCAUCGUCGGGGGCUUCAUGCUCCCAUUCAUGGUCGCACUGUACGGCUGGGCCGCCGAGCUCCGCCUGCCGCUCCCGAUCUUGAUCCUCAUCCUCGUAUUUCUCGGCGCGGCGUUGACGCUUGGCGUCAUCCCGCUGAUGGCCUAUGUCGUGGACGCGUUCAAGCUCUAUUCUGCCAGUGCGAUGACCGCGCUGAUCGUCACGCGGUGCUUGAUGGGGACGUUCUUGCCGCUCGGCGUCGAGCCGUUGGUCAAGGCCAUGGGGCAUGGGUGGGGGUUCACCAUUUUGUGUGCGCUGAGUCUCGGGACGGCGCCGAUUCCCGUUCUAAUUUAUCGCUACGGUAGGAAGUGGAGGGAUCUGUCCGCAUAUACGGAACAAGAGAUUUGA